AAAAAAUUAAUUUUGAUAAAAAAAAUAUAAAUUAACUCAAAAAUGGACAACUUCUCUUCAAAAGCUUUAAUGAAUCAUAUAAUUAGUAUCGAUGAUUUAAGCUUGAGUUCCAACUAGAAUGAAAAAAAUGAUUGUGCUUAGAACUACGCAUAAGAUAAUCAUAAGUUAUAAACAGACAAAAAUCAUAUAAAAUACAGUUAAUAAGAUGAUUAAAAUAGUAGAAAAGAUCUCUCCUCUUAUAAAGAGCAAAAAGGUAUAUUUUAGAGAUAGCCAUUAACUGAAUUUAAAGCAGAUCAUAGAUAAUAGAUAGGAAAAGAAUAUUCUAAUUAGAUUCAUAAUUUUGAAAUAAAAUAAAAGGCUUAACCAGAAAGUUAAAAAACAAGCAAUAAUUCAACUGGUUAAGCUAAUGGGAAUCUAGCACAAAAAACAGAAAAUUUAAUUGCAAAUAAUAAAAGAUUUAGAAAAUUUUAAAAUUCUUUUAAAGAUUAUGAUGCUUUUGAUAGAAAAUUAGUUCUUUUUAGUUUUUUAAAGAUUUAAAAAAAAGUUAAUUAUCUUCCAAAUCAGGUUGAGGCUUUCAUUAACAUUGAUGACUCAAAUUAACUAAAUACUUUUCUUUAGAAAAACAAUUUAAGUAACGAAUUCUAUUAAUACUUAAAAGAACAAAAAAAAUAUACUAAAUCUUUGGCUUCUCAAUUGAAGCAAUUCGUUCUACAAAGAAAUCCAAGUGAUUAUAUGAAAGGAUAAGUAAUUGAAAAUAUUUAUGAAAAGAAUAAAUACAACUUUGCUAACUAUUUGAACAGAUUAUAAAGUGAAAAGUUUUUCAAAAAAUUUUUUGAAAAAGUUUAGUAAAUAAAUAGUCCGGAAAGUAAAUAGCAAGUAUGUCCUGAAAUUCCAAUUUACCAUUACAUAACUAUUUUGAGAGACUUUGUAAAAAAAUAAAAUAAUAAUUAAGAUUAAUUGAUAGAAGUAUAAGCUUAAAUAAGUAACAGUUAAGAAAAUUAAUAAAAAUAAAAUAAAAGUUAAGAAAUAACUUUAAGUAAUAAUUUACUCCCUUAAUUUGGUGCUAGCUAAAUAGUGGAAGAACAAAAGUGUAAACCUAAUGAGCUUAACAUUCAAAAAUAUAACCCACUUUAGAUAAGAAACAGUCAUUAGAAAUAAGACAACAACAAAAUAGAAAUUAAAUAAAAUUUAGCUUAAAAAAUAUUAUUAAAAAUGGAAGCUAUUGAACUUUAAAAUGCUGAAAAUAAAAAGCUUUAAUCUUUAAAUAGCUAAAUUUUGCUUGAUAUUCUUUAAGUCUUAUAAAGUUAGCGAGAAGAUUAAACGAAAUUUAAUAAAUUAAUUUAUGAAAAUAUACAAGAAUUAAUUAACAAUAUAAAAAAUUCUAAAUGA